GCUUUAUGCGCCUUUACAGUAAUGGUCUAUAGCCAGUAAAGCUUAUGUCGUAGCUUUCUUGUCGCAUCGUUCAUCUCGUUUCGUUGUGACAGUCGGACUGCCUCGUGCGCGGUGGUAAGAGAAAGAUAGAAAAUGGCUCUUUCGCCGCAGCUACGAUUUAGACCCCUGCAUCUUGCGCUCGUGGUAGUCGUCGCGGCCGCGUUGGUUCCCUUAGCACUGGCGGGAUUCGACGGGUCGUUCGACAAAUACUUCCAGUUCGCGCCGUAUUGCAAGGGGCAGUACUACUGCGAGCGCGAGGGCGAUGGCACCGUCGCCAUCUCCGCGCACUGGAACAAAGUCGGAGCCUUCGACUCGUACGGGCAGUACCAGUACGGCAUCUUCAGCGUGCGGAUGAAGAUGCCGGCCGGCUAUUCCGGCGGCAUCAUCCCGUGCUUCUACCUGAUAUCGGGCAACAACGCGGGGUACAAGGACAUCCACGACGAGAUCGACUUCGAAAUCUUGGGCGCCAAGAACCCGCGCGAGAUGAUCAUCCACACCAACCUCAUCUCCGGCGGCCAGACGAAUCUCGAGCAGUUCACGUUCCCGUUCGACCCGUCGGCGGACUUCCACACGUACACGCUCAUCUACUCGCCGCGCUUCAUUGUGUGGAGGAUCGACGACACGCCCAUCCGCGUCACCCUUAACCAACCCGGCAAACCCUUCCCCUCCUCGCCCGUGCAAGUCAGGGCGUCCAUCUGGGACGCGUCGAGCUGGAGCCCUUUAAAGCCCAACUGGGGCAACGGCAAGGUGACAGCUAAAUUCCGUGACUUCGACCUGACGAUGGCGUGCCCUGUGCCCCCCACUGGCAAGCGCCCCGCGUGUGCGGAUGAGAAGAACCGCCGCAAGGCGCCUUGGCUGUUCAACCUGCCGCCCAGACAGAUUCGAAAAUUCAAAGAAUUCAGGAAGGGCCAUGUGAAGGCGUCUUAUGGCUGGCAGCCAAUUCAAUGAGAGUACUGCUGAUUAGUGUACAUGAUGGCAUUGCUGGCAGAUUGCUGCACACUCAGCAAUCCACAACCAGGCUCACGUACGUGUUCCCUUGGCAAUAAAGUCUGGGAUAAGAUCCCAAUGCUGACUCUUCAUCGCUGUUGUGCCAUAAUUGGUCUAUUCUAAGCACAAUAUAGCAUGCAUAAUUGG